CUUUCCCAUCUAACACUAGGUAACCAGUACACAGGAUAUGAGGAAACUACAUGUUGCUGCUGAGUGGGACAAGGAUGUGGAUCCCACAAAAGCUUUCGUCAUUGAUGGACAGUUUGCUAAUGGCGAAAUUGGAGUGGAAUUCAAAUAUGGUGACAGGGAAGUGUCCAUCCUUGGCAAGCUAAUUGACAGUGGUGUGGAGGUGGAAACCAAAUGGGCUUCUGACAAGAGAAUUUUCAAUGUUCACUACACACUUGGCAAUACCAAUUCGCUGGCAGCUACAGUGCAGACGCCAUUCCAAGGUUGGGAAAAACAGGAUGCCACCUUUACCUUCUCCAUCAAGGAUUAUGAAGUUGAGAGCCGAUUUUCUGCUACAUGGAAGAACACACAGCAAAUGGCACUUAUUGUCACUGGUAAGGUAGAACCUGGACUCUUUACCAAUGCUCUUUCCACCAAAGUUGCAUUCACAAGCACCUUUGAUAACUAUGAGCGUAUCGAAUUCUCUCUGGAUCAUAACAUGGUUGAUUCUACCAUCAAGACUCAUUUGGAGGGCGCCUGGAACCAAGAGAAAAUGGAAGGCAACUUCCAACUCACUCCUAACACAAUGGUGUAGAUGCUCGAGCUACCUUCACUUCCCC